AUGGAGAAGCGCAGGCGCCACUGGUUCCACAGCAGCGGGUCGUCGAGCCUGGUGGGGCGGAGGGAAGGGUCGUCGAGACUGGAGAGGCGACGGGGGAGAAGAGGAGGACGGGGGAGAAGAGGAGGACGGGGGAGAAGAGAAGAGGAGGACGGGGGAGAAGAGGAGGACGGGGGAGAAGAGGAGGACGGGGGAGAAGAGGAGGACGGGGGAGAAGAGGAGGACGGGGGAGAAGAGGAGGACGGGGGAGAAGAGGAGGACGGGGGAGAAGAGGAGGACGGGGGAGAAGAGGAGGACGGGGGAGAAGAGGAGGACGGGGGAGAAGAGGAGGACGGGGGAGAAGAGGAGGACGGGGGGAGAAGAAGAAGAGGGAAGAUGCGCAGAGAAUGGGAGACGAGGGGAGACGGGGAAGAGAGAUAG